GCGAGCCGCAGCCGGGCGGGGAUGCAGGAUGGCGGAGGCCCCCAGCCUUCCUUACAGGACCACCGGCUCCACCCUGCUGCACCCGCUCAGCCGGCUGCUGGGCAUCCCGCUGGACCAGGUCAAUUUUGUAGCCUGUCAGCUGUUCGCCCUACUGGCUGCCUUUUGGUUUCGCAUCUAUUUGAGCCCCAGUCAUGCCAGUUCUGUUGUUCGUCAUGCAUUUGCCACUCUCUUUGGAAUAUACUUUGCUGUUUUCUGUUUUGGAUGGUAUUCCCUUCACAUUUUUAUACUUGUGAUGAUGAGCUAUGGCAUCAUGAACUUGGCGAGUAUUUCCAAUGUCCACAGGUAUUCCUUUGCUGUAGCCAUAGGAUACCUCACAUUGUGCCACAUUAGCCGACUAUGCAUAUUCCAUUAUGGUAUUCUUACUACAGAUUUCUCUGGAGGAUUAUGCUGUCCACUGAUGAUUGUUACGCAGAAGAUCACAACUCUUGCAUUUCAAGUCCAUGAUGGGAUAGGUCGACAAGCUGAGGACCUCACUGCAGAGCAGAGUCGACUUGCUGUAAAAAGAAGACCUUCUUUACUGGAGUAUUUAAGCUAUCUUCUCAAUUUUAUGAGUAUCAUAGCUGGGCCUUGCAGCAAUUACAAGGAUUAUAUAGCCUUCAUUGAAGGGAGGCAUGUACAUAUGAAACUUUUAGAAGUGAACUGGAAGCAAAAGGGUUACGAUAGACUUCCCGAUCCUUCUCCAACUGGAGCUGUGGCGUACAAACUCUGUAUCACCCUUGUAUCUCUCCUUUUGUUCUUGACACUUACCAAGAGCUUCCCUGUUACAUACAUCAUUGAUAACCAGUUUAUCAAUAAAACAUCCUUCAUGUCAAGACUUGGUUACCUGUAUGUUGUUACACAAGCAUCGAAGCCAAAGUAUUACUUUGCAUGGACCUUGGCAGAUGCAGUCAACAAUGCAGCUGGCUAUGGGUUCAAUGGUGUUGAUAAGAGAGGCAAUUUUCGUUGGGAUCUGCUGUCCAACUUAAAUAUCUGGAAUAUUGAGACUGCAACAAGUUUUAAGGUGUACCUUGAGAACUGGAACAUUCAGACAGCUGCCUGGCUGAAGCGUGUUUGCUAUGACAGGGCUCCAUUUCACCCUACAGCUUUAACUUUUAUCCUGUCAGCCCUGUGGCAUGGCAUCUACCCUGGAUAUUAUUUUACAUUCCUCACUGGAAUCCUUAUUACAUUAGCAGCCAGAGCAAUCAGGAACAAUUGCAGGCAUUAUUUCCUCUCUUCAGAGCCACUCAAAGUGAUCUAUGACAUUAUCACAUGGCUUGUCACUCAACUGGCUGUCUGUUACACUGUUGCACCUUUUGUUUUGCUGGCUGUGGAGCCCACCAUUAAGUUUUACAAGUCAAUGUACUUUCACAUGCACAUACUAGGCUUCCUGGUAUUGCUGGUCUUACCAGUCAGACGUCAAGACCACCCCAUAAAGCGGCUUCAAAAUCGGGUCACAGAAAACUCAGUUAAAAACAAGAAAGAAAAGUGAUACCUCAAAGGCAAACCACUGAUCUUGGAAAAGCAGAGUGAUGUACCAAAAAAAAAAAAAAAAGGGAAAAA